UAUUUCUGUGUCUCUGAUAGUGCAGUGAUUUUGUAUGUACAAUGAACCUGGAUGAGCUAUUUACCUCUUCUGUUGGCGGCGACGUCUGCCGUGGAACAAGACAGGAACUUAAGUGUUAAGGCAUUUGAAAGCGGCUUUAUUUGGAACAUUCACCCCCUCCACAAUAUCGCAGGCCGUUGGUCGUGGUUGAAUUUUUUCUUUAUUCCUAUGCUAAGUAAAACCCAUAUUUUAAUUUUGUAGGCAGUAUUGUAAUGAAUAAUAUGUGAUUAAUUAUCUGGUUUGGAUUUAUUGCAAAAUAGAAAUGGAAUUUAUUCAAGAGUUUACUAUCAUUCAAGGGACACUCUUAACUCUUCAAAAGAAAGUAGGCCCAUUAAAAAAUCUAAAAGAGAACGAUUCUGGAACCAAAGAAAAGAUUCAUAGUGUAGUGAACACUCUACUGAAAGUUUUACAUUCAUUUGAAGCUACAAAUGAAACAGAAGGCAGCGACAAAUUGCGUAAAAUCAGUCUCUUUCUGGUUCUUAAUUCGGAUUUAAAGGUCUGUGAAACUAUGAAAGAAGAUCCUAAUUGGGGACACCUGAUUGAAUCCGCUCCAACUCUUAGCAAUCAAAUAAUGAUUGAUGUGUUCACUGCACCGUCCUUAAGAGCAUAUUUACAUGAAUUAGUAGUUUAUUGCCCACCUGCAUUAAGUCUGGAGUUGCUUGACAUAGCAGCUUCAAAACUAAAACAAGAACGUACAAUAAUGUCGCCCUCCUGUAUAGCAACUUUUAUAAAGGCUGUUUAUGUUAAAUUGUUAACUUCACAGAAACAAAGUACUGAUCAUAUUUGUGAAGUAAAUUGUUGUGCUGCGAAAUUCAUGUUAUAUUAUUCCAAAUUUCUUGAAUUUUUAUCAGAUCCCAACAGAAUUAACAGUCAAUUAGAGAAUUCACAAUUUUUAGAAGAACUUGGUCAAAUGUUAAUAUGUUCUUUAGAAUUGGUUACAUCAUGUUUGAUGUUAUUCAUUAAUCCUCCACUGGCAAGUGAAGAUGUGCUUAAUAUAUAUAAAAUGGAUCUUGCAUUUGAUUAUGGAAUAUUGCAUCAAGAUUCAGAUUACAGAAUAUUUGAUGCAAUGCAUGAGCAGUUGCUUUCAGUUCUUGUUGUGCAAAUUGCCUACAUAACAGUGGAUGUUUGGUUGGGUUGGGCCGAGUUUGACUUUAAAUCUGUUCAUAAUUUCUCACUGCAAAAAUACAUUGCUGAAUCAAUGUACAAAUGUCACAAAGUAAUUGUAGUUGCAAAGGAGAAAGGUAUGAAGUCUCAGUUGUGUGAUGGCUUAAUUACCAUGCUGUCAAGUAUGGCUUCAAAGCCUCGUGAUGAAGAUGAUGAAAUAAAAGAAGCUGAUAUGGCCCUUAUUCUAAAUCGAAUUCCGGACCAAUCUUUUUGCCGAAGAAAAUGGUUGUUUGCUUUGUUUACCAAGUAUGGUGAUGAAAUUGUCAAAGAAGAGUGUGUGGAAUGCAUUAACAGAAAUAUGGACUUGAUGGAUUCUGAAAUAAUUUUAUUGUUUUUGGAGAAAAUAUAUUUGCUUAUUGAAAAGGGUGAAGUAGAAAAUGUUCCAGAGAAAGUAAAGAGUGUUGUUCUUUGUGCUGUAUACCAAUUGAACCUUGAUGAACAACUACUAUUGUUGAAGGAAUUCCUAGAUAAAUACGGCAUGAAUUCACAUCUUUGUUGUGAUGAAUAUAAUACAAAAGUUACCAAAGUUUUCAAUACUGCUGUUGAUUCAGCAGAAUUUUCACAAGAUAAUAAAUGUAUAGAGAUAGUGAAUUUAUGUCUUCAAAAUCCACUGGAUGUGAUGAAGAGACUACUUGAGCAUUCUGUUGCUAGUGAUAAACAAGCGCAAAUAAUGGGAGACAUUUUAAUCAUGUUAAAACCAUUACAUUCUUUAAGUGUUAACAAAAAUGGACAGGAGCCAUGUAGCCUUCUUGUUUACUUACUACAUGAGAUUAUGCAGAAAAGGAAAGUCAUUGAGUUUUCAGAUACAAGUUUUGUUUCAGUGAUAACAGGCCUUGUCACGAGUUGUGCAGUAUCACCAGAUGCCUUUUUAAAGAAUAAUUUGUUUCCACUGAUACACACCUGUUUAAAAGAUUCAAAUUGGUCAGAUAUUAUACUGUGGCUUGAAACUCUUCAGAUUUUUGUAGGUGGUGCAGUGAAAUGUGAACAAACCCUGGAUACAACAGCUCUUUUGUUAACUAUAUCCCAAGUUAUGGAGUUGAGUCGUAAAAAUUUAUAUACAUUUUCUUAUGCUGCACUUACUGCUUGUGAUCAUGUAAUGAACCUAAUUAGCAUAGUCUUGGAAUCUUCUCUAGAUGUUGAAGAUACAUCAUUGGUACCUCUUUGUGAACAUAUUAAGAAUAUGAUGAGUCCUAUCAAUCAGUUUUACUUUUUUGAUCUUUGGAAAAAGAGUGGAAAUUAUUCCCAUUUUACGGCUGAUUGGAAAGUAUAUUUGCUCCACUGGAUGUACAUGGAGAAAUGUAAUAUUCAGCCACCAUGGGGAAGUAGUGUAUCUUUACAACGAAAGAGGAUUAUUCUUGAAUUAUCACAGCUACUUCCUGUGUGUGUAAAAAGUGAAUGGCAAACAAUCAUUCAAAAUUUACACAAUUUAAUGACUCCAAUAUUAGGUGAAUCAUCUAGUUCAUUUGUAUUUGAAUGCUUGAUUGAUGCCAUACAAAUAAUGUCAGUGUUGAGUUCUGCACCCUGCUUAACUGACAAAGAGCAAGAAUGUGCAUUUUCGUGUCUUGAUUUUUGUAUUAGGAAUUUAUCUUCUAUUGCAAAGGAAGAACUUAUUGGGAAACCAGAAACCCUUACAGCAAAAACUACCAGCAUACUAUUUCAAAAAAUUGCCAAUUUGAAUUCUGUGCUGCCAGGAAUUGUCAAGGAUUCUUGUGGUGGCGUACUUUUGAACUUGCAAGUGGAUUUCAUAUCAAAAGCAAUUUGUGAUAUGCAAAUGUACCCAGAUGAGGAGGAAGAAGAGAAAGAAGUUAAAAAAACUCAAUGGAAUGAGGAAUUACGGAACAUGGCAAUCAGUAUUUCAACGAUAAGUGAAAUGAAAACGCGCCAGGCUUUGGCUCGUAAACUGCAAGAGGGUGUUAGUGUAGUGUAAUGGAUGUAAAUAAAAGAGAAGAAUUAUUUGUUUUAUUGAUUUUGUUCAUGUGUUAUUUCCUGGCCUAGGUGUCAAUCGUUUUAACAAAAUUCCUCUAGAAAAGAGAAAAUGAUUUCACAUUUGUAAAAGAAUGCCUUUGUAAUUCUUAUUUAUAUUCUGUAUUAUGUUACUUAUUCAUGUCUUGUUUGUAGAGUUACUUUUCAUUGUAAUGUGCCUGAAAACAUUAAACACAAUUAAAAGGGUUACAUUAAAAUAAUGAAUAAAAAUCUUGUUCCUGAUGAUGUGAAAUUGCUUUUCCAAAAAGAAAAAUAUACAGAAUUUGAAAAAUUUUCUUAUGUAAAAUUGUACAAAGAUUUUGUGUUGAUAUAUUUUUUUAAAUAAAAUUAAGAGAAAAAAAGCCUGUCUUGUUCUUCAGUCUGUAAUGUAAUGAUAGUAGUUUAUGUUAAAGGUGAGUAAAAAAUAUUUAGUUCACAAGUAAAUAAUUGAGCAUUUCAAGGCAAUGUUAGAAGCUGAAGGGAUUCAUUUUCAGUGUUGAACAAAAGCUGUUUACUUUCAACUGGUAGGCUAUACAUUUUUUUGUUUAUUAUCAUCAUGAACAGGAAAACAAGAAAGCGAAAAUGAAUUAUCUAGGUAUAAGUAUAUGCUAAAAUAAAACAUUUAUUUUAGUGUUUUAAUAAUGUUGAGGAAUCAAACUAAUUGACACAUUUAAAUAAAUGUAAAUUUUAUUAACAUUGAAAUAAACUUCGGAGCAGUUAAUAUUUCUUUUC